GCUGCACUACUUUGAGCUGACAAUUUGGAGCCACGUGCGCGAUGAUGGGGGGCGUGUAGCCUCGACCAUGGAGCAAGACGAUCACUAUGCAGCGCUGGGGCUGACGCCAGAAGCGAACGAGGGGGACAUUCGCCAAGCAUACAAGAAGGCCGCCUUGCGCUGGCAUCCCGACAAGAAUCCAAAGGCCAAAGCCGAAGCUGAAGCGAACUUCAAGCGCAUAGCGGCCGCCUAUAAGGCUGGAGUGGAGCUUGGUCACGUUCUGGUUCUGAGCAAAACCGUUAGGUUUACGGUCUCCAAGCAGCAGAGUGACUUGAUGGCUUCGGCUCGAAAGCUGCUUAUUCGCGGCAGGGGCUGGCCCUGGAUCCGCGAAGGCGCGCUCCAAGCCCAGAGCCACGGGUCUGCCGACACCGAUCACUCGGAUGCCGUGCGGCCCUCGCAAAAAGGGCACAGGUUGCGAACUUUUGCCUUCUGCAAACCAAGGCCGGAACCGGCCGUGGACCUGCAGGAGGCAUUCAACCUCUUCGAAGACUUCUUCGGACACGACCCUUUCAAG